AUGGGCUAUGUCGGUGGGCUUGGGGAGCGGCGCGCGGGCUCCCCCGUCGGCCGCCACCCACGAGGCCCACGACCACGAGGCGGCGUGUGCAGCGUCAAGUUCGGCUGCUCCACCACGACGGCCGGCUCGUUCCCGGCCGACGGGCUGGUCGGGCUCAGCGGCGACGCGGUCUCCCACGUGACGCAGCUCGGCGGCGAGGCGUCGCUCGACCGGAGAUUCUCCUACUGCCUCGUCCCGCACUCCGUCAACACAUCGUCGGCGCUCAACUUCGGCACCCUCGCCAACGUCACCGAGCUCGGCGCAGCGAGCACGCCGCUCGUCGCCGGGGACGUGGACACGUACUACACCGUGGUCCUCGACUUCGUCAAGGUCGGCAACAAGACGGUGGCUUUGGCGGCGAGCUCCCGCAUCACCGUGGACUCCGGCAAUGCAAAAAUAAGCUUUGUUACUCCUGCAAAUUGCAAGAAGCAAACCGAACAAGCGAUUCCGGACUUGACGCUGGAGUUCGGCGGCGGCGGCGGCCGUGCGGCGGUGGCGCUGAAGCCGGAGAACGCGUCCGUGACGGUGCAGGAGGGGACGUUGUGCCUGGCAAUGGUGGCGACGACGAAGCAGCAGUCGGUGUCCAUCCUCGGGAACCUGGCGCAGCAGAACAUCCACGUCGGCUACGACCUCGACGCCGGCAUGGUCACCUUCGCCACCGCCGACUGCGCGGGGAACGGCCGGCCGACGGAGCAGACGAGCGGCGGGCAGGCGCGCUGCGGGAGAGGAAGAUGGCGCCGACGGGGAGGGGGACGGGGGGAGCGAGGAUGUCGACGCCGUCGUCGUCCAUGGCCGCAGUUCUCACGCCCGCGCCGUCAGCGGCGUCGCCGGCGGGAGUGUGUGAGCGCGGGGCAGCGGCGGGCAAAGCAGGCGGUGGAGGGCAGAGCGGGCACGACGCCGAAGACAGCUUCUUCCCGCGCCGGCGCCACCGGCCGCCUCUCCCUUCUCAAGCGUCGCCGCCGCCGC